AUGGAUGAUGAGCUUGAUCCUGACCCGGAGGUGGAACGGUCACUUCCUGAAACAGUGGAAGCUGAACUUCAACCUCCUUCGGAGACCCCAAGUCAUCUAGAGUCUCCUGAAGAAGCUGAAUCUUUUGUGCCCCAAGUGGGAGCUCAGGCCCAGCAUCCAGAGCCCCCUGAAGAGAGAGAAACAUCUCCACUCCAGCAGGAGGCUCCAUCAAAGCCUCCAGAGACCCUUAAGGAUGGAGAUUCAGCAAACCUGGAAGAGGCCCGAGCUGAACCUUCAAGUCCUCCUGAAGAGGUAGAACCUUCUUUGGUCAGGCAGGAAGCCUCAGCUCAACCUAGAGAGGCCCUACCAAUCCCUCAGGAGGCCCCUGCACCGCCUCCAGAGACAUCUAAGGAGACUGCAUCUCAACUGUUAGGGGGAAAUGUGCCAUCUCCAAGUCAGAAUGAAGUUCAGAAACGAAGCUUCCCCAAUGUCACUGUUAAACCUCCAGAUCUUACCAUAACUCUUACUCAUCCUCCAGAGCGCCCUGAGGAGGCUGGACUGACCCCAGCCCAGCAGGAGGCCCAGGCUCUGCUUGAGGAGCUCCUUGAGGAGGCUGAAUCAACCCCAGUCCAGCAGGAGGCAGAGGCUCAGCCUGUGGAGCGCCCAGAAGAGGCUGGACCGACCCCAGUCCAGCAGGAGGCCCCAAGUCUAGUUCCAGAGUUCCCUGUUGAUUCUUUUAGUGAAAUGUCCUUAAGUGAUGAGGUGACACCUCACCCUCUAGGUCUGUAUCCAGAAUAUUUAAUGAUUCCCCAGGUUACAGGUAAGCCUUUUGAUGUAGAAUUUGCCACAACUCUGGGGCCUAAUAAAGGUGUUGAACCUUCUAUAGCCCAGCAAGAGGCCCCACCUCAGGUUCUUGAGCCUAAUGAGGAAGCAGAAGCUUCUGUAACCCAGCAAGAGACCUCGGGUAAGCUUCCAGAGGAAGUUGAGCCUUCGAGUGAGCAGGAGACCCCAGCUCAGCCUUCCGAGCCUCCUGGGGUGAUUGAUCCUUCUCUAAUGGAGCAGGAGACACCAGCUCAGCCCCCAGAGAAUCCUGAAGAGGCAGAACAUUCCCCAGCCCAACACCAGGCCCCAGCUCAGCUUCCAGACCUUUCUGGAGAAGCCGAACCUUCUCCAACCCAGGAGGAAGCCUCAACUCAGCCUGCAGAGUCCCCUUAUGAGGACGAAUUUUCAACCCAGCAGGAGACUCCAGCUCAGUCUCCAGGGGAGAUAGAAUCUUCUACAACCCUGCGAGAGCAUCCAGCUCAGCCCCCAAAGCUAGCUUCAGGGGAGGUGGAACCUUCACCAACCCAGCAAGAGCACCCAGCUCAACCUCCACAGCAUCAUGAGGCGACAAUUGCACCUCCAGGACCCUACCGUGUUCAGCAUUUAAACUUGCUAAAUGUCAUUGUGAAACCUCCAGAUGUGCAUGUUACUGUAACAGCAGAACCCACUGCAGAGGUGGGACUUUCUCCAGUUCAGAGUGAGGCUCCAGUUCAGCCCUCAGUGCCUCUUAAUGUGGAAGCUUUUGAAACCCAGCAUGAAGCCCCAACUGUGCCUCCACAGUUCCCUGAGGAGGUUGAAUAUUUGCCAGUUCAACAGGAGACUGCAACACAAUCUCCAGAAUCUACCACACAGGAGAAAUCUCCAAAAGAGCAGGAGGCCCUAGCUCAGCAGUCACAGGCCCCUGAGGAGGGUGAGCCAUUGUCAACCCAAGAGAAGGCCCUGGCUCAGCUUCCAGAGACACAGGAAGAGGAUGAACCAUUCCCACGCCAGCAGGAGGCCCCAGAUCAGCAUCCAGGCCCCUCCGGAAAUGUUGAGCCUUCCUCAUUCCAGCAGGGAAUCGCAACUCACCCUGAAGAUCUUGAGGAAAUUCAACUUUCUUCAAGCCAGCAGGAGAGCUCAGCUCUGCCUCAACUACCUGUUGCUGCUGUAGAACCUUCUCCCCUCCAGCAAGAGGUCCCAGCUCAGCAUCCAAAGCCCAAGGAAGGGGUUGGGGCUACUGCAGUUCCUCAGGAGCAUCCAGCUCAGCUUCCAGUGUCCUCUACAGAUAUUGUAGCUCAGCCUCCAGUACCUCAUGAGGUGAUAUUCCCACCUCCAGGUCCAGGUGAAGCUCAGCAUCCAGUGCUGUCCAACAUCACAGUUAACCCUGUGGACCUGGAGGUUUUCGUAACUCCCCAGCCAACUAAGGAGCUUGAACAUUCUUCAGUGCAGCAGGAUGUCCCUGGUCAGUCUCCUGUUCCCCCUGAGCAGGUUGAAUUUUCUCUAGCCCAGUCCAAGCCUCUUUCCCAGUCUCCAGAGUCCCCUGAAGAUGGGUCUUUUCCAGGCCAACAAGAGAUCCUAGCUCAGAUUCCAGACACCCCUAAGGAUGUGGAACCUACUUUAGGUCAACAGGAGGCCCCAACCCAGUCUCUAGUCCCCCAGCUGGUCUCAGCUGUGUCUCCUGAGCUCCCUAAGGAGGUGGAACCUUCUCCCACACCGCAGGAGGCCCCAGCUCAGCCUCCAGAGCCACCGGAGGAGGUUGUAGCACAACCUCCAGUCCAUAAUGAGGUAACAGUUCCAACUCCAGGACAAGAGCAAGCUCAGCAUACAACCUUACCCAAUGCCAUUGUCCAACUUGGUAAAAAUUCCCCUUACACCAAAGAGGAAUAUGCUAGGUUUUAG